AUGCCCAUUUUCAAAUCUAACUUCAAUAAGAGAUGCUUUUCAACAACUACCAGAGUAUUAUCGACCCCAUAUAAGAUAGCCAUAAUUGGCACUGGACCCGGUGGAUUUUAUACUGCUCAUCAUUUGCUAAAUAAAUCAAGUUCAGAUAAACAAAUUCAAUUAGAUUUUUUUGAAAAAUUACCAACCCCAUUUGGCUUGAGUAGAUAUGGAGUCGCUCCUGACCAUCCAGAAGUCAAAAAUUGUGAAAGUUUUAUGAAUGAUUUAAUGAAAGAUCAUGGUUAUAAGCUGAACAGUAAGAAUAGAGUGCGAUUUUUAGGAAAUAUUGAAAUUGGUAAAGAUUUAAGCUUGAAAGAUUUAGAAAAUCAUUACAACUCGAUCGUAUUGGCUUACGGUUGCACUUCAAGCGAUAACAAAUUGAACAUACCUGGAUCAAAUUUGCCUGGAAUAAUAUCUGCUAGAAAAUUUGUAAAUUGGUAUAAUGGGCACCCAGAUUGUUAUGAAGAAAAUAAUGAAUAUAAACCACCUCCAUUAGACAAAAUAAAAAACGUAUCAAUUAUAGGUAAUGGAAAUGUUGCAUUAGAUGUUGCUCGAAUACUAUUAGCAAAUCCUAAGACUCACUGGUAUCCUACUGAUAUAUCCGUUGAUGCUGAAAAGUUGUUAGAAAAAAGUGCAGUUAAAAACGUAAACAUUGUUGCUAGACGAGGAAUUCUUGAAUCAGCUUUUUCAAAUAAAGAAAUAAGGGAGUUAUUUGAAUUAAAAGAUGCAAAAUUUAAGCCUUUGCAACAAGGGUUACUAGAAAGUGUUUCAACUCAAAAAUUGGGAAGAGUUGAUAAAAGAAAAGUUGGACUAAUUGAAAAAUACAACAAACCAAUUCAAAAUUUAUCACCAGAAGAUCGUACAUGGUCACUUCAGUAUUUCAAAAGUCCAGUUGAAUUUAUCGCAAAUAAAGAUGGGUCAAUUGCAGAAACGAAAUGUGUCGUAAAUAAAUCUGUUAAUGAUCCACUUCUACCUGGAAGAAUAGAACCAACCGACAAAAUUGUGAGCAUUAAAAAUGAUUUAGUAAUUCUUUCAAUUGGAUAUCAGGGAACUCCAAUUAAAGGGUUUGAUGAAAUUGGUAUUUGGUUUGACAAUAAUAAGCUACACAAUCAAAAUGGAAGAGUUUUAUCAACCAAAACUGAAGGUGAGAAUGAUGUGAAUCAAACAUACAAAAAAGGUUGGUACACUUCGGGUUGGAUUAAAAACGGUCCAAAAGGUGUCAUAGCAGUUACAAUGAUGGAUUCAUUUGAUACAGCGAGUAAUAUACUAGAGGACUUAUCCAAUGGAAUACAUUUGGAAGUAGAUUUAAAUAAAGAUAUAUUAGAUAAAAUAAAAGAUAAGGAAAUAGUAUAUUGGGACAAUUGGGAAAAUCUCAAUAAGUUUGAAUUAGACAAAGGUAAAGAAUUAGGAAAAAGUAGAUACAAAGUUUGUGAAAAGGAUAAAAUGUUAAAAAUAUGUGAAUAG